UAAUAUAGUAGCAUAUAAUUAUGCUGUAUAUUACACCAUUCUCUCUGGAGGCACAGGUUUAUAAUGAAAGCUGAUUGGUCAACAUGGGGAAGUUAUCAUGAAAGUCUCGGUUCACAAAACUUCCGCCUUUCGAAGUUAAAAAGAAAACAGCUAGCUAGCUGUAUUUGCUAGAUAGGUCAAUUGCCGCUGUUUCUCUUUGGAUUUACUUUCAUCCGAAGACGAGAGAAGUCUACAGCACUUUUUAAAGGAUAGUAAGUUCUAGCCUGCUUCAGUUACCCAUUUGGUGGGCUAUCCAUUGAGGAUGACAAUGGAAGAGAUGAAGAAUGAAGCUGAGACAAGUUCAAUGGUCUCUAUGACAUUAUAUGCUGUCAUGUACCCGGUCUUCAAUGAGUUGGAGAGGAUAAACCUAUCAGCAGCACAGACACUGCGUGCAGCUUUCAUUAAAGCAGAGAAAGAAAAUCCAGGGCUUACUCAGGACAUUAUAAUGAAGAUCCUAGAGAAGAAGAAUGUUGAGAUCAACUUUACAGAGUCGCUACUUCGCAUGGCUGCAGAUGAUGUUGAAGAGUACAUGAUUGAGAGACCAGAGCAGGAGUUCCAGGACUUGAAUGACAAAGCCAGGGCUCUUAAACAAAUCCUAAGCAAAAUCCCAGAUGAGAUCAACGACAGAGUGCGCUUCCUUCAGACCAUAAAAGACAUAGCCAGUGCCAUAAAGGAACUACUAGACACAGUCAACAUUGUGUUUAAGAAAUAUCAAUAUCAGAACCGCAGGGCACUUGAACACCAAAAGAAGGAGUUUGUGAAGUACUCGAAAAGCUUUAGUGACACACUAAAAACGUACUUCAAAGAUGGAAAGGCAAUAAAUGUCUUCAUCAGUGCCAACAGGCUGAUCCACCAAACCAACUUAAUAUUGCAGACAUUCAAAACUGUUGCCUAAAGUGUGUGCUUGUGAGUCCUAUGUGAGAUCAAGGCCCAAGUAAUUUGUCAUUUUCAAAGGGUUUUUCUUCAUCCCUCCCCCUCAUUUUUUUGGACAGUAUAAUUUAACAGUCAUCACUUAGAAGAGCUGGAGAUGAGGGGUCUCUGAUAAAAUAGUUUGCUCUUAGUUGGCUCUUUUGCUUACUAAUCAUGAUUUCACUACUUUUGUGUUAUUGUUCCACUCAAGUUAAGCCAAAAGAUUUAUGCGCCUUAAAGAGUCCUGCAACAUUCCUCCUAUCCAGAGUGUAAAUAAUCCUACUCUGUCUUGACUAGGCAGAAAGAAUAAGACUAGAAACCUAUGUAUUUAACAGAUGACAAAGGUUCAAUAAAUAGUUUCCAAAUGUUGACAUUUUAAACUUC